UUCUUGCCACCGAUCUCGAGAAGAGGGAGAGCGAAGAGCAAGCAGUGGACGAGAAGACAAAGCAGGAGAGAGCGAGCCAGAGAGAACAAGCGGAGGGAAGGAUGAGCCGGAGCCUAGGGAUCCCGGUGAAGUUGCUGCACGAGGCGGCGGGGCACGUGGUGACGGUGGAGCUCAAGAGCGGCGAGCUCUACCGUGGCUCCAUGAUCGAGUGCGAGGACAACUGGAACUGCCAGCUCGAGAACAUCACUUACACCGCCAAGGACGGGAAGGUGUCGCAACUGGAGCAUGUUUUCAUCAGAGGCAGCAAAGUAAGGUUUAUGGUCAUCCCUGACAUGCUGAAAAAUGCGCCAAUGUUCAAGCGCUUGGAUGCGAGAAUUCGAGGCAAGGGAUCAGCUCUUGGAGUUGGCCGGGGCCGUGCUGUCGCUAUGCGUGCUAGGGCACAAGCUGCUGGCCGUGGUGGUGCUCCCACUGGUAGGGGUGUUGUGCCUCCCAUAAGAAGGUAAUUACCUUUGGUCACUUCUUGCUCUGGUGUAGAAAUUGCUAGAUGAGAGACCAUAUAUGCGAAAAUUCCUAAAUGUUUCUAAGGUCCUUAUGUUCAUCCUGGCAUGUAAUGACCUAUCACUUAUUUACUGGAACUCAGUGUUAUUGCAAGUUUCUUUCA